CUAAUGACAUUUUUUUUUACACACCAACAGACAACAAGCUACAGCUUCUCCGCUUCACUCCCAAACAGAAGGAGAAUUUGGCUAGUUGCUGAGUAUCUAUUAGCUUUUGUAUAACUGUAAGUAGUCUUUUAUUGGCAACCCUUAUUUGGAAACCAUGGCGGAAAGCGACUGGGACACGGUGACUGUGUUGAGGAAGAAGGGCCCGUCUUCAGCACAGGCCAAAUCCAAACAGGCCAUCACCGCCGCUCAGAGACGUGGGGAAGAGGUGGAGACCACCAAGAAAUGGUCAGCAGGACAGAAUAAACAGCAUGUGGUGACUAAGAACACUGCUAAACUGGACCGCGAGACAGAAGAGCUGCACCAUGAAAGAGUGACGCUGGAGGUGGGCAAGGUCAUCCAGCAAGGCCGUCAAGAAAAGGGAAUGACUCAGAAAGACCUGGCUACUAAAAUUAAUGAGAAGCCUCAGAUCAUCGCUGACUAUGAAUGUGGCAAAGCGAUCCCUAACAACCAGAUUAUGGGCAAGCUCGAGAGAGCACUUGGAUUGAAGUUGCGUGGGAGAAGUAUUGGACAGCCCUUGGAGCCCAAAACCAAGAAGAAAUGAGGACAAAGCCUCGAAAUCAGCCCCUCCCACCACCCCUGUCUCUGCCCUCAACCCUCAUCCCCUUUCACCACACUAAGGAUAGUCAUGUCUCUCACAACAACCUUGAGUUACUGCGACUGAUGGCAUACAAAAAUGUUCACCUGCUAUAAUAAGGAGGGUAGCCAUGAAGUGAUUUUUGUUUGUAGUGCUAAACAAAUACACUGCCACCUAGUGUUCUGGAAGACACAUAUCCCCAACAGCUAGCCUCAAUUCUUGAGCUCCGUUUUGCAUUUGGAGAAUGGUGUGAAAGACUUGUAUCUUGAAUCCCUCUGACCAUCCUGUGCUCCCCCAACCACCACCACCCCUCCUACCCCCAUGGGCUGAUCUCACUGAUGUCCUGCUGUUGGACUCGGUGCUUCACUGCAUGCACAAGCUGCAUUAUAAUACAAACACCUUUAAAAUAACAAAGUAAAACUAUGUUGUAAAACGUAAUAAAUAAAUCCUAAGUGCUGCGA